CUUGACUAGGAUUAUUCACACCGAAGGAAAUCAAAGCCCUCAACAUCCAAAUUGUCCUCGAUCUUCUACUGCUCAUUCACUUUUUAUGAGGGUUUUUACAACAUUACAGAAAGAACAAGAAUAAAGCAGGCAAGCACAGCGUUGGAGUAAACAUUUUUUUCUAGUCAAGUGGGAGGAUGCAAAGGCGGGCAUCUUAUCCUGAUUCCCAUGUGAAUCCAGCUUACACCAAUUCCCAAGCAAAUCCAUUUGUUGCUUCUCAGAUGCAGCACAUGCCUACACAGAGAAUGCAGCACACGUCCACACAAAGAAUGCAGCUGAAUGCUGCAAUGAAAGAUUUUCCAGGACGUCCAGAUUCUUUUUCUACUGAGGAAGAGCAUUCAUACAAGUCUUCAAAAAUAGAGGAGCAAUGGAAAUGGGAUAGAGAUGCACCAAAUGUAUCAAAUCAAAUAUCGCCCCAUUCAUUUAAUGAAGGUCUGGGGGGAAAUGGGAAAAGAUCUUAUUACCAAGAUCAGAUGCCAGACCAGAGACGUAGUUCAGAUAACCGAGCAGACACAGAACCUAGAAGCCUGUCUCAAGAGCAAGAUAUGGAAGUUGGCUAUGAAGACAAUCCAUCACCACUGACUUUUGAAGGUCUUGAACGAAAAUUCAUUGAUGAAAUCAUGAACUUGGCAAAGGAACAAAGUCAUACAGAGGAUGUGGAAUAUGCAAGGCACAGGGAGAAAAUAAUGGAGAUCAAUACUAGGCAUCAGGAAAAAGUAUCUGCACUUCGUGCUAAACAAGCCACUGCAAGAGAAGAAUUCCUCCACAUGGAAUUACAGGCACGGUUGAAUCAGUAUCAGCAACCCGGGACGACUCAUUACCGGAAUCCAGGUCUGCACGAUGCUCAUGGCUAUUUUGGAGCUUCAGUUGCAGUUGUUGCUGAAGCGCAUCGAGAAUUUGCCACUAGUCAGUUUGAGUCAUAUAGAGAGCUACCUCCUGUUCUCAGGAGGGAGAAAACUCAGGGAACUGAGGUUAGGGUUCCAUACCCUAGUGGCCGGGUUUACAACAAUGCUGCCAGAAAUUACUAAUGACAUAGCUGUACAAUAGGAUGAGCUAUUUCAUAGUCAGGAUUUAAUGUUGUUGUAUUUAACGGUGUAGAUGGUGUCAUAUGAUAAAUAUGUUGGCAUGUCAUUCAAAAAAAUUAAAUGAUGUGACAUUAUUUACACUGUUAAGUGCAACAACAUUUAAUCCAGUCCAUUCAUUUGAAAUGGAGAGGAUCCUCGUUCCCUCCGCCUUCACCUUGUGUUAGCUUAGAUCACUAUACUCUUCUUUUGUUUUUGGGUCCUUAUAAAUGUUCUAAUGCCAGUGUCUUUGUUUAGUUUUUCUCGUAAAUGAUUUAUAAAACACCAAUAUAUACUUGAAGAACUGGAAAUACUGAUGCCUCCUGUCCUCCCUAUACAAUCUUUGUUCUGGGUGCA